CAGCUGUUCUUUCUGUUUCCGGUGUCCGUUGGCAGAAGAAACAAGUCUAUCUCCAAAGGCUUGUGUGAGCGCUGUAACAUUCCGGUGAAUAAUGAAGAGGCAGGACACUGAGGAUCAGGUGGCGGACAACAGCGGAGAGUCCAGCGCAGAGGGCACGUCCGAGACUCCGGCGACUCCCGAAGGCGCAGAGAGCCCGAAGGACCAGAACACGCUGACUGACAGCUCUCCGGCUGUUCACUCUGAAACAGACGAAGCCUCCGGAUCCCGGUCCUGUGAUGUAGCCGAGGAGCUCAGUAGACAGCUGGAGGACAUCCUCAACACAUACUGUCAGGCAGACGGCAGCGAAGACCCGGCCGUACCCAACGGACAACCCGAUGGCGCCGAGGUCAACGGGCUGGCGGAGAGAGAGGACAGCAAGUCGGGGAACGCCAGAGUGAACGGCAGCAGCAGAGCAGAGAAGGACCAGAAGAAGCUGCAGGACAAAAAGAAGGUUAAAGGCCUGGGUAAGGAAAUAACCCUGCUCAUGCAGACGCUGAACACUCUGAGCACCCCUGAAGAAAAACUCGGCGGUCUGUGCAAGAAGUAUGCCGAGCUGCUCGAAGAGCAUCGCAACUCCCAGAAGCAGAUGCGAGCUCUGCAGAAGAAGCAGGCCCAGCUGAUCCAGGAAAAGGACCACCUGAGGAACGAGCACAGCAAGGCCAUUCUGGCCCGCAGCAAGCUGGAGAGCCUGUGCCGGGAACUCCAGAGACACAACCGCACACUAAAGGAGGACGGCGUGCAGCGUGCUCGGCAGGAGGAGGAGAAGAGAAAGGAAGUGACCUCCCACUUUCAAUUAACGUUGAACGACAUCCAGGCGCAGAUGGAGCAGCACAACGAGCGCAACGCCAACUUACGGCAGGAGAACAUGGAGCUAGCAGAGAAGCUCAAGAAGCUCAUUGAGCAGUACGAGCUCCGAGAGGAACACAUAGAUAAGGUUUUCAAGCACAAAGAUCUACAGCAGCAGCUGGUCGACGCAAAGCUCCAUCAGGCUCAGGCGCUGCUCAAAGACUCAGAGGACCGACACCAGAAGGAGAAAGAGUUUUUGCUGAAAGAAGCGGUAGAGUCGCAGAGGAUGUAUGAACUCAUGAAACAACAAGAAGUUCAUCUGAAACAGCAGUUAUCAUUAUACACAGAGAAGUUUGAGGAGUUUCAGAACACGCUUUCCAAAAGCAACGAGGUGUUCACAACCUUCAAGCAGGAGAUGGAGAAGAUGACAAAGAAGAUUAAGAAGCUGGAGAAAGAGACGACCAUGUACAGGUCCCGAUGGGAGAGCAGUAAUAAAGCCCUGCUGGAGAUGGCUGAGGAGAAAACCCUUCGAGAUAAGGAGCUCGAGAGCCUGCAGGUGAAGGUGCAGAGGUUGGAGAAGCUGUGCCGUGCGCUGCAGAUCGAACGAAACGAGCUGAGCAAGAAGGUCCAGGACCUCAGCAGCCCCGCAGACGUCCAGGCCUCGGAGACGGAGACGCGGGGAUCCCCGCAGCCACAGACCACGGACUCUGCCGAAGGUAGCCCCGCCCACGCGGCCGAUCCGGAACCGGAAACCGGCGCUUCACUGUGACCCACAGGCCCGCCGUCCGGCCCAGGACUGAAAGGUGACGGUGCCGUCGCUGGGAUCGGACCACUCGCAAUCUCCCCAGCAGCUCUCCGUCUCCGAGACGUCUGUCUCUCUCGGACGUUUUUUUUUUGGGGGCUUUCCAUUCUGUCAGGGAAGAUUGUGCCUUUGAGAUGCUGUGUUUUUACCCCUUUAUUCCUUAUUAUUAUUAUUAUUUUGUAUUUUUUUUUCUUUUCACCUCCGUUACUACAAAUCUUUCCUGUUUGUGAGAAAUCCCCGGCUAAGAGGCACUGAGCACCGCUGCUGCUUUGGAACACUAACCCUGGAGUGCUCUUAUCCUUUUCAUAGUUAUAUCCGAGUCGUCUCCGCUCAAACCCGAAUAAAAAAAAAUAAUUAAUAAAUAAUAAUUUAAAAAACCCUGAAGAAUUUAGACAGACGUCAAAACUGCUCGAGCUCGCUACAUAUUCUUGCUUGCAGAAUUAACAGGAAGUGUAGUGCAGAGAAAUCAUCAUCAUCAUCCGGCUUGUCUUUGUUUUUCUUCUUUUUUUUAUUUAUAGACACAUUUUUAUUAAGGGUCUGCACACAUCAGCCAGUGUUCUCGUAUGUAUGUAAUAGAUCAUAUAAUCAAUAUAUAUAUUUUUUAUAUCACAAGAUACUACUACUCGAUGUCUGCUUUGGAAGGAGCGCUCGGUGACGGUCGCUACGGAAACAGAUUCCCAUUUGAAACAACAAAAAAUGUAGAAAAGGGGAAAUAAACGAGCUUUUGCAUUGUGUCCAGCUAUAUUUGAGCUUAAUUUUCCCCUUACGAUUAUAUAAGUGUGUAUACACACACACACAGAGUCAUGGAGGACUUUUAAAAUUUUUGCAUUCCUAUCACGCCACAGAUCUUUGUGUUCAAAGAGAGAAUAAAUAAAUAAAUAAAUAAUAAUUAAUAAUACAUCAUGUAUCACUACACAGACUCCCAAAUCUGAGGUGGUAAAAUGUUGCAGUUCCAUUAUGAUAUAUAUAUAUAUAUAUUAAUAUUUAUAUAUAAAAUCUGGAUAGUUACAGAAUCGCAGUACAGAUUAAGUCACAUUUUUUACCUCCUUAAUUUAGUCAUUUUCAAUUCCCACAUUUCAUAAUAUAAUGCUCUCCCACAUCAGCGCCAGUUACACGUAGGCUAGCACGAGCCUCCUCAGAUGCUAGUAUAAGAUCAUUCCAGAGGCGAGCCUGCACUCGAACAUGACCACUGAGUGUAACGUGUUUACUACACUAUUCCUCUCUCUCUCUCUCUCUCACUUUAUUAAUACAUUUCCUUAUAGCAGAUGUUCCACACUUCUCUUAUGUUUUCGCUCUUGCACUGUUUGUCUCUCUAUAAGAUUUGAUAGUUAAUUUUACAACCCAGAUCCGGUUUGCUGCACAAACAGUUUAAAUAAGGAGAUUCUAAAACUCUAUGCAAUCCCAGCGCCGUUCAUUUUCUCCGUCUGUUCGACUGAGUGUUAACAAAGGAAUGUACGUUACUAAGAAAUGUACGUUAUUCUGUAACAUCAUAAUGACCAGCCGUCCAUUUUCUUUCGAAAUCAUGAAUCCGAUUGUUUCGUUAAUCUGAACAGCUCGAGGUUACACACACACACACACACACACACACACACACGUCGAGUAUCAGUCGCACCGGAUAUUGUCCAUCUACAUUCCAUCUUUUACACAAUAGCAGCCUGGUGCCGUGUUUCACUGGCUCCUAACUGCUGUUAUUGAAGGUACCAAAGAUCUUAUGUUGGGUUUGUUUUUGUUGAGUUUUUUUGUUUUUUCACAUCCUGUAAACAUGGUUUAAAAAUUAAAGAUAUUACACAGAUUA